CAGCGGCUGAGGAACACAGCACUAGACCCGUGUCUCUUACUAGUCUGCUUGUCUCCUCGUCUCCACCUGGCUUUGUCACCAACUUGGGGAAUACUAUCAUCAUCCAAGAAUCAGUUUGAAAAGGACAGACGGCCCGUUCCGCCCCGUCCCCACACCCCCAGUGAUGCUUAGCUGCCGUAUCCCAGAGGCCCACCUUGGCAGUUAGAGGAGAGGUCAUCACCAUGACAGCGUCCUCGCAGGACUCCACGCCCUCGUCUAUGGCUGGCCUCCUCCUCCUCCUCCUCCUCUUCCCGACUGUUUUCACUCAAGACUCAGUCCCGACAACCCCGUCAUUGUUUGACCCGCUCACCCAACCCGAGUGCACAAAGAAAGAACAUCCAAAGGUUUCCAUCCAAGCACUCAGUCCGUGGAUAUCUACUUUCUCCCACCCGGGUGUGCAAGACUAUUCGCAGCUCACCCUUGACCUGACCAGGAAUGAGCUUAUUGUGGGUGCCAGAAACUACCUGUUCAGACUGGACCUCAGCAACAUGUCGCUGAUACAGGCAACCGAAUGGGCACCGGACGAGGAGACCAGGAGAUCCUGUCAGAGCAAAGGCAAAACAGAGAUUGAAUGUCAGAACUACAUCCGAGUCCUGCUGGUGAACAAGACCGAGGUCAUGACCUGUGGAACCAAUGCUUUCCAGCCUCUGUGUAUUACCAGAGAGGUGGGCAACAUGAGCAGCGUGCUGGAGCGGGUCAACGGUGUGGCGCGGUGUCCGUAUGAUCCUCGGCACAACUCCACUGCGGUGGUGACGGAGAGCGGAGAGAUGUUUGCCGCCACCGUCAUUGACUUCUCCGGCCGGGACCCUGUCAUAUACCGCAGCCUGGGUGGGAUGCCUCCUCUCCGGACCGCCCAGUACAACUCAAAAUGGCUCAAUGAGCCCCACUUUAUCUCGGCGUAUGACAUCGGCCUCUUCACCUUCUUCUUCCUGAGGGAGAACGCAGUGGAGCACGACUGUGGCAAGACGGUCUAUUCCCGUGUGGCGCGAGUCUGCAAGAACGACAUCGGCGGGCGCUUCCUCCUGGAGGACACGUGGACCACGUUCAUGAAGGCCAGGCUCAACUGCUCACGCUCCGGCGAGAUCCCCUUCUACUACAACGAGCUGCAGAGCACCUUCUACCUGCCAGAGCAAGACCUCAUCUACGGCAUCUUCACCACCAAUGUAAACAGUAUUGCAGCAUCCGCAGUGUGCGCCUUCAACCUGAGCGCCAUCACCCAGGCAUUCAACGGACCCUUCCGCUCCCAGGAAAACCCUCGCUCCACCUGGCUGCCCACGCCCAACCCCAUCCACAACUUCCAGUGUGGUACCAUAAAUGAUGAGGGUCCCAACGAGGGUUUGACCGAGCGCAGCCUGCAGGACGCCCAGAGGCUCUACCUGAUGAACGACGUGGUCCAGCCGGAGUCUGUUGAUCCGCUGGUGAUGCAGGAUGACGUUCGCUUCUCCAACCUGGUGGUGGACAUCGUCCAGGGCAUGGACACGCUCUACCAUGUUAUAUACAUCAGCACGGAAUAUGGCACCAUCCUGAAGGCGCUGGCUACGCCCAACAAGAACCUGCAAGGCUGCUACCUGGAGGAGAUGGAGCUCCUCCCACCAGGGGUACGAGAACCAAUCUUUAGCCUGCAGAUCCUGCACAGUGACAGGUCACUCUUUGUCGGAUUAAACAACCGAGUGCUGAAGAUCCCACUGGAGAGAUGCUCCACCUACAAAACUGAGAUGCUGUGCUUGGAUGCGAGGGAUCCCUACUGUGGCUGGGACUUCAGGCAGCGGAGAUGCACCACGCUGGAGGACAGCUCCAACAUGAGCCAGUGGAAGCAGAACAUCACCGUCUGUCCGCUGCGGAAUCAAACCACCAAUGGGGGCUUCGGACCCUGGGCGCCGUGGCAACCCUGCAACAACGACGAUGGCGUGGAUGGAGUCAGUUCCUGUUUGUGUCGCUCCAGAUCCUGUGACAGCCCCGCCCCUCGAUGUGGAGGCAAAAACUGUGAGGGCGCCACCAUCGAAGUCGCCAACUGUUCGAGAAAUGGAGGCUGGACGCCCUGGUCGUCAUGGGGACAGUGCAGCACAACCUGUGGUACGGGCUUCGAGCUGCGGCAGCGUUCAUGUAACAACCCUUCACCCCGACAUGGCGGCCGUGUGUGUGUGGGGCCGAGCAGGGACGAGAGGUUCUGUAAUGAAGGGGUGCCCUGUCCUCAGCCCAUCUUCUGGUCGCCGUGGGGAUCCUGGACCAAGUGCAGCACCGAGUGCGGGGGGGGUGUCCACUCCAGGGUCCGCACUUGUGAGAAUGGCAACAGCUGCCCAGGAUGUGCACUGGAAUACAAGGCCUGUAACCUGGAGGCGUGUCCAGAGGUCAAGAGGAACACACCCUGGACGCCCUGGAUGCCUGUCAACGUAACGCAGGGCGGAGCGCGUCAGGAGCAGAGGAUGCGCUACAUGUGCCGAGCUCACCUGUCCGAUCCUCACGAGCUGCAGAUCGGACGCAGGAAGGUGGAGACGAGGUUCUGUCCCAACGACGGGACAGCGGCCUGCGAGACGGACACCCUCGUCGAGGAGCUCCUGAAGAUACCAGUGGUGAGGGUGGCAGGAGCCGGCUGGUCAUCCUGGGAGUCCUGGUCCAGCUGCUCUCAGAGCUGCGCCAAAGGCUACCGCACCCGUCGGCGAUCCUGUGCUGGACCAGAAGGGAAAAGUGCCCCAGUUGCGUGUCGUGGCUCACCUGUGGAGUACCAGGACUGUAAUGUCCAGGCGUGUCCUGUGAAAGGUGCCUGGUCCUGCUGGUCGUCCUGGUCCCUGUGCUCAGUGGGUUGCGGCGGCGGUCACUACCAACGAACACGCUCCUGCAACAGUCCUGCGGCCACCAACGGGGGGGACAUCUGCAUCGGACUACACACCGAAGAGGCCCUGUGCAACACACACACCUGUGAUGGUGGCUGGAUGGCCUGGUCGCUGUGGUCGGCGUGUGACGAUUCAGGCUUGCAGAUGAGGAGUCGGGUGUGUGGCGCUCAGGGCAACACCCCGUGUGUGGGGAACAGCACGCAGCGCAGAGACUGCAAUGAGAUACCUGUCAUUCUCCCUGCAUCUGGUUUUGAUAAGGACCAACACUGCGGCGCGUUCACCUCCAUCCACCUCAUCGCGACCGGCGUAUCCUGCUUCCUGGGGGCGGGGCUGCUGUCCUUCUUGAUCUACGUCUACUGUCAGCGUUUCCAUAAGCCCUCGCAGGAGUCUGCCGUCAUCCACCCCACCACCCCCAACCACCUCAACUACAAGGGCAACACCACGCCAAAGAACGAGAAGUACACGCCCAUGGAGUUCAAGACACUGAAUAAAAACAACCUUCUGCCAGACGAACGAUCCAACUUCUACCCGACGCCCCUCCAGCAGACGAACGUCUACACCACCACCUACUACCCCACGGCGCUCGGCAAGUUCGACUACCAGCCCAACUCUUCCCCUUCGCCGUGCAGAACCUACAACAACAGUACCAACAGCUGAGACACGCCCCACGACCACCUCUCCAGCCCCCCCCUCUGCCGCAGACCCAAAACGGACACCUCCCAAACGCCAUGGUGACAUAACUGAACUGACAUGAACUGAAAUGUUUCUCAGAGCCGGGGUUCCUCUGUUCACCGUCGCCCCUGCUCCUCGCUGUCUCUUCUGCAUGGCAGGGUUUGUGUUUUCAAGGGCAUUUCUGGAACUUUCCAUCAGGAGAUGUGGGUUUGGACGACAAUGCAGCCAGCGCGGAGUGUGUUAUCUCAACGGCCUGACUCUACAUAGCAGUGUCAGCCCAGAGCAUCGUCUUCAUGAAGGGAUCCAGUGGAAAAGACCAGCAGGGCGAGUUUCGGCUUUAUUCAGAUUAUGAUGAACAAAGGGCACGUCAGCACAGGUGCUGAGUCGAGCGUUCACAAUUACAGAAUUGAAAAGAGCAGAACAGUAAAAAAAAAAAAAAAAAAUCCAUUUCCCUGGAUCUGGGUCACCGUUUCUCUCCUCUCCGUUUCAGCCAUUUUCAGCCUGUAAUGAACUUUGAGUCCCUCGACAACAAAAGCAGUUACUGAGAAUAAACAGCGCAUAUCGUAAUGUCCUUGCCACACAGCGAGGAGCGGGAGAACAACAAUGAAGUCGAUGAUGAAAUAAAUUAGAGAUCAAUAUCAGCCCGGUUGUGCGGAGGGGGAUAUGCACGCCCUCCAUUGUUACUAUUUCAUGUGAGAGAAAAGAUAAGAACUUCUGAGUGAAGUUUUUGGACGGCGGCUUGGAGGAGUUACCGGGUUGGAAAUAAUCGUUUAAAUCUGCUCAUGAUCAAAGCCUUUUGAGGAGCAAGGACAUUUAUUUGCAGCAUUGAGGCAAGGGGGGGGGGGGUUAUGAACUGUACAUAAAGCUUCGGAAAACGCUACGUAUGCAACAGAGGGCAGGGGCGAAAUCUGUUUUUCUUUCCAACACUUCUGUUUUUUUCUCCCAAGAACUAUAAAGACUUCUGAAGGAGAAGUGAUUGAUUAUCCAAUCGAUUCUCCAUCGGAUGCGUCGAUUCUACUGAGUGCUAAAUAGCUCAGUGGUCAUAUCAAAUAUGACCAGUGCGCUGAACAACUGGACUGGGGUUUUUUAUGAUGGUAGAAUAAGCUAGUAGUCUGGCACUUCUUUUUUUUAAUGUUUGUUUUUUAAGAUAAUUGUUUUAUGCUCAAAUGAGCCGUAGCAUAGGAGGACAUAUUUUGUUAAAUAAGAUAUAGCUGAUUAAUUGUUGUUUCUCUAAUUUCACUUCACUGAAUGAACACAUUCUUCUUCUUCACUUGGUUUUUCAGCAGCUCUGUAACCAUUGCAUCUUCAGUUCCUGACACACAAAGAAAAUAAAAAUAUUACUGAUUUUUACAAGAAAAUGAA